CAGUAUUGCCAUACGAUACGGUAGAUGUUGCAGUUAUACACAAAACAUGUUUAUUCCAGAAGAAAACGCGCUGAGUAUAUGUACUGCUAACGCAAAAUUUUCGAUAUAAAGAUAUUUAAUAUCCGCGCGAAUAUAAAAGUUAUUAAAAAAUGUAUAUCUCCUGGAGCCGAGCGUUAACGGAAGAAUUAAUAAAUCUUCUCCAGGCCCGAGAGUGUCUUUGGAACACAAAGCAUUGCCAUUAUAGUGACAGGGAUAAGCGAAAUGCGGCAAUAAAUGGAAUUCACGACGUUUUGGUGACGAAAGAUCCCCUUGUGACCCCAAAAAACAUUAGGGAAAAAAUUCAAGGACUGCGCUCACAAUUUCGGAGAGAAGUGAGGGCAAUUGAAGCCAGUAAACGGAGUGGAUGCGGCGCAGCAGAUGUGAAAACACCCAAAAUGUGGUGUUACGAGCUGCUCCAGUUUCUACGUCCAAACGUAGAAAUAAGGGUGACGCAGGAUAGUUUAAAUGAUGAAAACAGGCCACAAACGAUACGAUACGGACAAUAAUAUAAACACGGAUAACGCCUCGUUGAGGGACGAACCGUCGUUUCAGGUUUCAUCAUCUUGCAGAAAACGAAGUAAGGCUCAUUUUCAACAAAAGGUACAACAGGGAUUAAAAGAGUUGACAAAUAUAAUGGUGACAAACACAAAAAGGAAAUAUGAGUGGUUUGGCGAGGAGGUGGUCAGCAUACUGGAUGGUAUGAAAAGUGAGGACGUUGCUCUGGAAACCAUUGAUGCCAUCCAUUCCCUGCUAUCUUCCGCCAGAAAAAAAGACAAGGAAGUAACAAACUCCGCGACAACUCGGGAUAUUUUAAGUUUAGCUUUAGAUGGUGUUUUAGAUGAUAGCGAUUUGGAAUAGAUUUUAAGUUAAUGUAAGUUUUUAAUGAAUUUUACGGUUGUGGUAGGUGAUAAGUUUUAAUGAAUUUUUUUAUUUUUACUUAAUAUCGUCACCUGACGGGAAGAGCGACCUAUGUCGGCAGCCAAUUCGAAAACGGCCUAUCUCAGAAAUUAUUCAAGAACGCCCCACUUCAGAAUUUGACUGAAGAACGCCCUAUUUCAGAAUUUUAUUGAAAAACACCCUAUCUCAGAAUUCGGCUCAAAAACGCCCUAUCUCAG